ACGGCUGUGACAGUAAAAAAAUGCCAAGAUGGCGGCGAGAUCGAACUCCUAGCGCAUCGCAGAACACUUGUUAUAUCUCCACGAAAACACGAUUUUCGUAUCGGAUUAUCAGGAGAACAUUAUACGCCUAAGCGAGAAGGGCCUCGAUUCACUCGCUGUAGCUAAUAUCGUCGUAGGAUUAGAGAAGGGAAAAAAUCCAUGCGGCACGUGGCUCGAGACACGUUCGCGUCUGGGUGUUAAUUCCGCGAUUAGAUUUUGCACGCCCGCGACUUGCUAUAAGAAUUUUGUCACUUUAAGUUUUAUACAAAUACGAUGGAUCCACGUUUGCAUAGAAGAACCGAACCAGAGAAGGCUCCGAGCGAUUUGAUUGUUGAAUGGUUAAACGAGGUCUCUAUGGGCCUCACUGAGGAAGUUAAGGUUACAAACAUAUGUAAAGUACAAGAACUUUUGUUGAACAAAGAGCCACAUUUGUUAGAGCAUUAUUUAGACGACAUUCUGCAAUUCUCAAUAGAUAGAAGCGCCGAGAUCAGAAAGACUGUUACAGGAUUUAUCGAAGAAUCUGGAAUAAAGUAUCCAGAAGUAAUUCCUCGCACAGUUCAAGUACUCCUUAGAUUAGUCUCUGAUGAAGCAUCAGCUGUAGCCAAACGAGCGCUUAGAGCUAGCGGUAGAAUUUUGCGAGCUGUUCUCAAAUGGAUUGCCAGUGCCAGUAUUGUUACAACAGACAUGGAAUUAGCAUGGACACAACUAAGUGCUCUGAAAAUUCAAAUUAUAAACAUGAUUGACAGUGACAACGAUGGGAUAAGAACACAAGCAGUAAAGUUUCUCGAGGGUGUGAUUCUAAUACAGACAUAUCCAGAUCCUGAUAGUCCAAAAAAGCCUGAUGAUUUCUCUCUCGAGGAUAUUCCGCUAACAUUAAAAAUAGCUCGUAGACGAAAAUUGGAGGAAGAAGCGAAUCACGUUAUGGAUUUGUUAAUCAAGUUUCAUGGAUCUCCACACGUCAGCAGUGUCAAUUUAAUGACGUGUAUGGGAUCCUUAGCACUAAUUGCCAAAAUGAGACCACAAUUUAUGCCAAAUGUAAUUCAAGCAUUACAAAGGUUGCAACAUGAUUUACCACCUACGCUGUCCGACUCUCAAGUAACUAGUGUGCAAAAGCAAUUGAAACUCACGCUUCUCGGACUGAUGAAACAUCCCGCUAGUAUAGAAUAUGCUUCAACCAUAGCUAAGCAGUUGGCUCAGCUUGGAGCGAAAGAGCAGGAAAUUAUUAAAGCUUAUCCAAAACCAGAAGACGUUCGUCGAAUAAAAAAGCGUCAACAGGAGUUAGCGGCUGUCACUGCUGCAAAACGUGUAAAAAUUGAAGUGAAUGUAAUAGAUGAAACAGAAGCGGCACAAAGUCCCAUUCCCACGCCUAAACUACCGGAAUUAAUUGAACUUUCUGAAAGUUUUAUAGCUGAGAGACUCAGUGUUGAAAUCGCAACAGAUUUAGUGAUGGAUAGCAUGGCAUGGGUUCCAGAUACUAUGACGACAAUUUUUCAAAGGGAAUAUCAACCUACGGCAACUACUGAUAUUAAUAUACAGCGUCAAACAAUUGCUAAACUUUUAGCAGCUCAAAUCAAACAGGCUAAAGCGAAAAAAAACAAAAAAGAUAAGGAAGAAGAUGCCGUAAUGGAAGACUUAAUUAAGAAUCCCACUAUUAGUGUAGCUGAGGUAAAGCGGGAGCGUAAACGUGAAAAGGAUCGGGAGAAAGAGAAGGAAGCGAAAGCGUCAUUAGAGGCUCAUGAAAAAUCUCUCGCAAAAGCAAGAAAUCGUUUAAAAGCAUUAAAAUUAGCUGAAGUAACAAAACCACUUCCCAAGGAAAUUAAAGAACGAAUGUUACUAAUGGCAGUUAAUAGAAUAUUACUUGCAGAAAAAACUGCAGUUCUUGGUGGCGUAGCUGCCGUAAGAUCCAAAAUUUUGACUACGCUAGCAGCGACUUUCAAUCCUUACAUUAAAGAAGCUGUAUUACGUUAUAUUACUGAUGACAUGCGAAAUCGUUUAGAUUUAGCACUAGGUUGGCUAUAUGAAGAAUAUGCAUUGCUACAAGGAUUUCAAAGACGAACUACAUUAUGUACAAAGCCUCAGGAGGCUCCACAUCAGUCAUAUAACUUCUUAUUAUGCACCUUAGUUUCAGCUAUUGAUUUGAUUCAGGGUAAAGAUCGUGAUACUUUAUUAUCCAGACUUUAUCUGGAAGCACCAUUAAUAACAGAAGAUGCUGUAGAGGCUUUAAAAAUGGUAUCGUCUGAUGAAACUAGAGGUCUUGCACCAUUACAGCUUCUGAAAGAAAUGGUCGUGCGUAGACCAACCAAACAACUAGUAUUUGUAAAUGUCUUAUUGUGCCACACCGGACAUGAAAAUAAUACAAUACGAGAGGCUGCAAUACAAUUAGUCUGUCAAUUAUACAGCCGACCAGAAUUAAGUAAAUUGAUCGAAGAAUAUGCAGUUUUAUAUUUAGGCUUUUUACGCCUUCAUAAUCCUCCAGAAAUCGUUUUUGGACAAGAUAGAGGCAGACCGCAAAUUGAAAGCCAGUGGACUGAAUCAACUACACGUGCUUGCUUAGGAUUAUAUCUUGCUCUUCUCACUGAACAUCAAGAUCUCAUUCACGAAUUAGCCAGAGUAUAUACGUCAAUGGGAGCAGAUGUGAAACGUAUUGUAUUAAGAUUAGUGGAAGGGCCAGUGAGAUCUUUGGGUAUGGGUAGUCCGCAAUUGCUUGCACUUGUUGAAAACUGUCCAAAAGGAUCUGAAACUUUAGUCACAAGAAUUAUACAUAUUUUAACAGAAAAAUCUGCCCCAAGCGCAGAGUUGGUAGCUAGGGUACGUGAAUUAUAUCAGACUAGAGUUUCCGAUGUCAGAUUUUUAAUACCUGUCUUGAAUGGACUCACAAAGAAAGAGGUGAUCGCCGCAUUACCAAAAUUAAUAAAAUUAAAUCCUAUUGUCGUAAAAGAGGUAUUCAACAGGCUACUCGGAACACAUAAUAAUGACAGCGGGGUACCUCAUACAUCGCCUAUUACACCUGCGGAACUAUUGAUAGCUCUACAUAAUAUAGAUUCAAGCAAGGCCGAAUUAAAGACAGUCAUUAAAGCAACGUCUCUUUGUUUUGCUGAGAAACAAGCGUAUACGCAGGAAACAGUCGCCGUUGUAAUGCAACAUCUUAUGGAGAUGACACCUUUACCGACAUUAUUAAUGCGCACAGUCAUACAAAGUCUAGCCCUUUAUCCUCGCCUAAGUGGAUUUGUCAUGAACAUACUUCAGCGUUUGAUUCUGAAGCAAGUGUGGAAACAGCCGAAAGUGUGGGAAGGCUUUGUCAAAUGCUGCGAACGCACGCAGCCGCAAAGUUUCGCUGUUAUUUUGCAAUUGCCACCGGCACAGUUAGCGGAGGCACUUCGGAUGGCAAGCAAUUUACGUGCUCCCUUGCUAGCUCAUGUUGAAGCUUUUGCCGAGAAUCAGAAAGCACACAUUCCGCAAUCAAUAAUGGAUGUUAUACAGGGUAAAGUGCCCUGUGACAUGCACGAUGAGUUUGAUAUUGCACCACCUGGUGAUUAUUCGAAUGAUCAAAAACCAGAUACAAUGGAAAUUGAUCUUUCGGAACCAGCCCCUCCCGGUUUAGAUUAGCAUAAGUCAUUCCAGUGUUAAGAUCAAAAGGAUCGUUUACCAGAUAUUUUAAUAUUAACAAAUUCGCUGUGUAAUUGUACAGUAAAUUAUUAUUUUUUCUUUCUUGCAUCGCUAUAUGCGAUAUUUAUUUAUAUAUUUCAUUGAUGUUAGUCCAUAUUUAUAUUUCCAUUUAGCAUUAAGUAUGGACUUCAAUUGGCUAACAGCACAUGUAUGAAUCAAAGAAUAAAAUCAUAAACGAUUUUAUUCAAAAUAAUAAGAUCUAGAUAGCAACAAUUGAAAUAGUUUCUCGAUAUAAAUUCUUUUCUAAUAUUAGUUUAACAUCACAUGCCAUUAUUAGUUUCAUAAAACUUCUAAUUUUCGCUUUAUAAUCUAAACAUUUAUUUCUAUAUCUAAUAUGACAGAAUAUAUAGAAAACUUCAUAUUUAAGUACUUUUAAUAUUAAAAUUGAUACUUGAAAAUUUUAAUUUACAAGGUUUUCCAUGAAUAAUCUCUUUAUUUUGAUUAGAUUCUAAUUUUUAUUCACACAUGUAUAUGUAUAUACAAAAAAAACUGGUUGUAAAGUAUUAUGUGAAUCAACUAAAAUAUAAUUUAUCUUUCAAAUUUAUUUCAUAUAAAAUACGUAAAUUUUAGGAAGAAAAAAAUGAGGUAUCUCUUUCGCUAUAUGACUCGGCAAAAAAUUUCUUAUAUAUUUUUUUGCGAAUGAUUAUUUCGAUCUGCAUUUCUUUCGCUUGCUGUUUAUGUGUUAUAAAUUAAACAGCUUUAAAAGAAUAAUACAUUAUUUUACAAUAAAAGAAUAAUACAUUAUUUUAAUAAAAUUGAUUUCAUUAUGCAUAUAUUACAUUACAAAUCAGUCUCAACAUAUAUGUAUAUUUCAUAUAUACGUUAAAAGUUAAAGAGAGAAUAGUUAUGUGCUUAAGUUAAAAAAAUUAUAUAUAUAUAAUAGAAUCAAAUCCACUUAACGUCAUAUGAAAGUAAUAAACAGUUUUUUCAUAAUGAAUAUAAUUUCCAAGUGUAUAAAAAAUAAUAAAAUAUUUUUGUUACAUAA